AUUCUUCGUCUCUCUCUCUUCUGGACUCUCAUCUUCUUUAUCUGAUUUUCUUCGAUCUUUUUGACCUCUUAUGAGCGAUCUAGCCAAAAUAUUAGUUGAAUAUGUGGGAUUCAUAUUGCUACAGUAAUCAAGCCUGAAAUAUUGGCUAAUUCGGUGUUUGUAGUGAUUGGUAGAAAGUCUUGUUUGUAUUUUUGGUUACGUUCUUGAGAUUUAAGAUAUCCAUGUGUGGAUUGAUAAUUAUCUCUGAGUCCAAUUGAAUUUUCCGGAUUGUACUCUCUUUUUGGAUGAUUAUUGUGUGCUUAGUAAUCGGACUAAUCUUUGAGCCCCUCAGAUUAGGCGAUUGCCGAACUGGGUGAACAAUUUUGUGGCGUUCUUUUACAUUUUCUUGCAUUGUGAUUUGAUUAUUUUUUAUUGUUUUCAAACUGUGUAAGGAAAGAACCCUAACACCUAUCUCCUAUUAACAAGGCAUCUAAUAUUGUGGGUGUUUUUAACAUUCCUUUUUCCUUAUUUUUACGUCAAUUGUGGAUGAAGAUAUCGAUAUCUUGAUCGAAGGGCCACAUAUGCAUAGUUGCCUCAACCUCUGGUGCUGUUGUUCGAGACCAUCACCUUCCUUAGGAGAAUCACUUGAUGAAUUUGCCAGAAUUUAACUCCUGUUCGUCAAACUUUGACUCAAAAUCAACAACUCGUGGUGGCAAAUCGGAUACAAGUAAAUCAAUGUUAAUGAAUGCGCCCAUAGCUAUACUCUUGGUUUCUGGGCUAAGAAUGUUAUUCAAUGAGGUUGAAUUUCGGUGGAAGGUUCAUGAUGUCAGACUGCAGUCCUACUUGUCACACUUAGAAAAAAAGCAGCUCUCAGCGAAUGAUUCUCGUCUUGCUACCAUGCCUCCCCCACCAAAAUGGAAGAGAGAUAUUGAUUCCCCGGUUGUAGAAGCCGCUAUGCAGGAUUUUAUCGACAAGCUUUUGCGCGAUUUUGUCAGUGAUCUGUGGUAUUCUGAUAUUACACCUGACAAAGAGGCACCUGAGUUGAUACGUGCUGUAAUCAUGGACGCACUUGGUGAAGUGUCUGGCAGAGUCAAAGAAGUAAACCUUGUUGACCUUUUGACAAGGGACGUUGUAGACCUGAUAGGAGAUCACCUGGAUCUUUUCAGAAAAAACCAGACUUCCAUUGGUGUGGAUGUUAUGGGAAUACUUUCUUCUGAAGAACGAGAUGAAAGGUUGAAACACCAUCUCCUUGCUUCUAAGCAGCUUCAUCCUGCUCUGAUAUCUCCAGAGAGUGAGUACAAGUUUCUUCAGCAGCUCAUGGGUGGACUCUUAACUAUAGUACUAAGACCAAGGGAAGCCCAAUGCCCUCUGGUUCGAUGCAUUGCACGAGAGCUUGUAACAUGUUUGGUACUGCAACCUCUUAUGAAUUUAGUAAGCCCAGGGUAUAUUAAUGAAUUGGUUGAAUACAUUUUCCUUGCCAUCAAGGCUGAGUUGUUCAAGGAUGGUGGCACUGAUCGGUCAUCUAAUAUGGAGGGUCAUAAUCACGCUGCUGGCGAAUCUGCUCUCGAGAAAAAUUUAUCUGCUGACAGUCAAGGAACUGAUAUGACUUUAGCUCGUUUUGACAAUAAAAUGGAACUUAUGUCUGGUGCAUCAGGAAAUUCCUUAUUUGAUACAUUGCAGGAUGAACCUGCCCAUCCACGACCUGCCGACUGGGCCCGAGUGUUUGAGGCUGCAACACAGAGAAGAACAGACGUUCUUAUGCCUGAAAAUCUUGAGAACAUGUGGGCAAUUGGAAGAAACUACAAAAAGAAGCUCAAGAAGAGCACUGCCAAUGGAAUCCGGGCUCCCAAAACAGCAGGUUCAGUAAGCAGUGUCAUGCCUCAGAAGGAAUUGAACAACCCCGAAAUAUCUACCACAGUGGAAGAUAAAGCUGUGAUGCAGCUUCUAUCUAUGCCUCAACCAGAUGCUGGGCUUACCGAUCACGACACUAAUGCAUUACACAUGCCUCAGGAUCUUAACAAGGAGGUAUCUUCAAAGAAUGGAUCUACUGCUAAUAAACUUGAGGAUACAACUAUAGUUGUUCCUCUUGAAAAUAGAAACAGGCUCAAGAGAUCAAACAGCACUUCUGAUUUGAAAGUUCAAUCUGAUAUGGAAGAUACAUCUACUAGCAAAGGUGGUUCACCCAUUAUUUCGGAAUUUUAUGGUGUGGAUAUUAAUGGAAGUAAUAUACAUAGUGUCAAGAGUGUAUCAAAUAUGGUUCUGCGCAGUGAAGGACUGCAUGUUCCGAGGCUGAGAUGCCGGGUUAUUGGAGCAUACUUUGAGAAACUUGGCUCAACAUCGUUUGCAGUUUACUCGAUUGCUGUGGCUGAUGCUGAAAACACUUGGUCUGUAAAAAGAAGAUAUCGAAACUUUGAGAGAUUGCACCGGCAUCUCAAGGACAUUCCUAAUUAUAUGUUACAUUUGCCUCCCAAAAGGAUAUUCUCAUCAAGUACAGAUGAUGCUUUCGUUCACCAGCGUUGUAUUCAACUUGACAAGUAUCUGCAAGAUCUAUUGUCAAUUGCCAAUGUUGCUGAGCAGCAUGAAGUAUGGGAUUUUCUAAGCGUGUCCUCUAAGAAUUACUCAUUCGGGAAAUCAUCUUCAGUGAUGAAGACUUUGGCAGUUAAUGUAGAUGAUGCUGUGGAUGAUAUUGUACGGCAGUUCAAAGGAGUCUCUUAUAGCUUGAAGAAAGUUGUCGGCUCACCUUCCUCUAUGUGUGAACCAGCUUCUUUAGUUACAAGCAGAACUUCGUCGUGGAAAGCAGAUAAUAUUAAAAACCUGGCCUUGAGUCACAAUACCACCGAGUCAAUUAACAGUUUCUCUGAUAACGAUGAAGGCGAUAAAGAUGAAAGCCAUGGGCAACAGGAAGUAGUAUCUGCUGCACAAGCCAAUGGGAGGCUUUCAGACUAUGAAUUGAACUCAAAGGGGUUUCCACCAAGACAUGUGACAUGUGAUGAGGACUUUACCUUGAAUUCUGAGGAAAUUCAUGGUCAAAGAGUGCAAUCUGAGUCGCACAGUGUGAGCAGAUAUUCAGAGUAUAGUCUUGCAUUAACAUCUGUUCCCCAAGAGGAUCCAAUUGGGGUGCCUCCAGAGUGGACUCCACCCAAUUUAAGCGUUCCUGUUUUGAAUUUGGUUGAUAAGGUGUUUCAGCUGAAGAAAAGAGGGUGGCUGAGGAGACAGGUGUUUUGGAUAUCGAAGCAAGUAUUGCACUUAAUUAUGGAUGAUGCUGUUGAUGACUGGCUCUUAAGGCAAAUUCAGUGGCUCCGAAGAGAUGAUGUUAUUGCUCAAGGAAUUCGGUUGGUCCAGGAUAUUCUUUGGCCCAAUGACACAUUCUUCCUGGGAUUGAAUAUUCAAACUGGACUAAAUGGUAGUCAAGCACCAGGAUCUCAAAGAUCAACAAGGCAACAAUUUAGAACUUGGGCCUCUAAACAAGGAACUUUCGAGCAACAGCUUGAAGCCACUCGCAUGGCUAGCGAAGUGAAAAAGAUUCUCUUCGAUGGGGCUCCGACUGCUUUGGUAAGCUUGAUUGGGCAUAAGCAGUACAGACGUUGCGCUAGAGAUAUCUAUAACUUCCUUCAGUCUACAAUUUGUUUGAAGCAACUUGGCUACGGAAUAUUAGAACUUCUAAUAAUAUCAGUUUUCCCAGAGCUACGUGAUGUUUUGAUGGAUAUCCAUGAAAAGGUGCGUGCUCAACACGAAUAGGAUUCUUAAAACGAAAUGAAAUAGCAAAUUCGUUUGCAGGAGCUAUUUAGUUCUCGGCUCCAUGGACGUUUUCUGUAGAAUACCCAAUUCUUUUUUGUACAAAUUGUACAUUAGAAUAUGCACAGAUUUAACUUUGUGUUCACUUGACACAUUGAUUCAGUAGGAGCAACGCCCUUUUGACGGACAUUUUGUAAUAUUAUUCUGCUUCUAAAUUUGAGAGGUUCAGGCAAUGAGCAUUAAUCUUUUGUGGUAUUUAUUACA